AUGCCUACAUCUGCCGAAGACGACCUGAUCGACCUCUCAAGCGUCCCCCUCUCAACAAGCAUGACGGCUACCCGUUCCGCAAGCUCGCCAUAUGGGCCUGCCGGCAAGAUAGCGGAGAACAACAAGCCGCGGCAAAUUUCGAACGAUAGCUUCGCGAGCCUGACUGGCCUCAUGAAGUCGAAGAAGACCUGGGCUGUCACGCCGAAGCCUCUUAUUCCUAUUGCUCAUGGCCGAACUAAUCCGGCUUCCCCAGCCGAGAUCACGUCCAACACUCCCACCCCCACCUCUACUCACCCUGCUCUUGGCACGGCGAGCGAGGUUGCUGUUGUGUCUGGUCGAGGCCUUGGUCCAAUAUCCGAUGGCAGAAUCUCCCUCGACACUCGCCUGUCACCAGCGUCGCCUACUGCGGAGGUCCGGGACUAUGACGAGACUGACAUGAGAAAGAUGGAGGACAUGAUUGCUCAAAUGCGCAACUUGGACACCGAGGCCCCGUCUGAGUGGGAGGUUGUUCCGGCUCAGCCCACAAGUCGGCAGCCGGUUGAGCCCCUCUCCCAGGCAUUUACUGAAGUCGGUUCAGCGGAUCCUGCUUUGACGAACAGCCAAUUCAGCCAGUCCCUGUCUAGUGCGUCUGCCUUUGGGUUUCGUACAACGAAUGAGCAGCUCGUCUCCCGCUCGAAGGAUAGUGACUCUGCCUUUCACCCUGCGAUUCACCAGUCCAUCGUUCGCUGCACCCCGCAGGUCUGGGACACUAUGAUCCAACAGAUGACAGUCCUCAAGAAGGAGAAGAUGGAAGCUCUUGCCAAGCUUGCAUCCUUGGAGCGCGACUAUGAUCUGCGCCGUCAGGCCAAGGGCGACAACUCGAGCGAGCUCGAUGAGCUACGAUAUCGACUUCAGCUCAAUAAGGAUCACAAAGCCGUCAUGAGUCGAGACAUCCGCCAAAAGGACGUUGAGUUGCUCAACAAGGACCUUAAGCUUGACACUCUGAAGAAGCAAGUUGUGGACAUGGCGGCCAUGCAAGAACAGAUCGAGAGGCUCAACGCUGAGGCUUGCUAUCUUCGUGCCGAGGCUGCAAAAGUUGCCGAGAACAAAGCUGCGGAUGUCGGGCAAGUAACUGAGAUUAUUCAAUUCAAGGAUCAAGAGAUCGCGCAGUUGAAGGAGGCGAUCGCUAGUACUAAGGCGAAAGUGUCCGAUCACCAAACUCGGGCGGAGAAUCUGAUCGAUACCCAAACCGCGAGAGAGAAGAAAUUGAGGCGACUUGAUCAGCAACUCCGCGCGGCUCAGGACACCGAGGAGAAACUACUCGACGAUCUUGAGCUGCUCAAGACGGCAAGUGCUCUGGCGAUUACUGACAUUUGUCAGGAGAUCCGUCCUCUCAAGAUGCAGGCCAAGGACCUCGAAACUCAGCUUCGCGAGAAGUCGUCAAGCUGCGAUCGCAUGCGCAACGACCUCAAGCAUACCGAGAAGAGGCUCGAAGUCGCCUCCAAUGCCCUCCACAAGAUUGAGCACCACAAACAGCUCAAGGGCGCGGCCCACCUCAUUGUACCGAGCGACCAGACCAAGCUGCCGAGGCUUGUGCUUUCUUGUAUGGAGUGCUACGCCAAGAACAUCACCUGUGAUGCGAACAGUCGCUGUCACAACUGUGAGUCAUUCAAUAGAACUACAUCGUAG